UUGACGUGGGAUUCUGUAAUGAAGGUUGUGGUGUCGUGCAUAAACUUCAUCAGAGCAAAGGGACUUAAACACAGGCAGUUCCAAGAAUUCCUGUCUGAACUGGAGUCUGCGCACGGAGAUGUGCUGUACUACACAGAGGUCCGAUGGCUGAGCCGGGGCAGAGUUUUGAGGCGUUUUUACGAGCUGCUACCCGAAAUUAACACAUUUCUUCAUUUAAAAGACAAAACGGUCCCAGAGCUGAUCGACCCAGAAUGGAAAUGGCACCUCGCAUUUCUAACAGACGUGACAGAAAUACUUAACAGCCUUAACUUGCAGCUACAAGGCGAGGGGAAACUCAUUUGCGACAUGUAUACACACAUAAAAGCAUUUGAGGUGAAAUUAGCGCUGCUUUUGGAACAAGUGAAAAAGCGCAACUUCGUCCAUCUUCCUGCUACCCAAAACCUGUCGACAGAGAACCCAGCGGUCCCGUUCCCAGCUGAAAAGUGCGUGGAAGCACUGGAAAUGCUGAAGGCGGAGUUCGGUGUGCGAUUCAGUGAACUACAUGUUCAUGCAAAAGAAAUCCGUCUUUUUCAGAACCCCUUUGUUGCCGACAUUUAUGAAGCCCAGCCUUCAUAUCAGUUUGAGUUGGCUGAGUUACAGAACUGUGAUGUUCUGAAAGACGCAUUCAAGCCCAACAGUCUCAUUGACUUCUAUGCCGCCCUCCCAAACGACACAUACCCAAACAUCAAAAAACACGCAAUGAAAAUGUCCACAGUUUUUGGCAGCACGUAUAUCUGCGAGAAAACCUUUUCUCGCAUGAAACUGCUGAAAACUCCGAUGAGAUCAAGAUUGACAGAUGAACAUUUGCAUCAGUGCUUGAGACUGGCUGUAACUAGAAUGGAACCUGAUAUUCAACUUCUCACCAGCCAGAUGCAGGCCCACAGUUCACACUGAUGAACAUACAUAGGGAAGUUGAUGAGAGAGAGCUGCAAACAGCGGUGUCUACAAGCCUACUGGAUUCUACAAAAGGAUUAUAAGGAAGGCACACAAGAACUUU